AUGGCAAGGUCUUCGUAUGAGGUUGGCAGGGCCUUCAAGGACAUUCUACUACAUUCAUCUGCCUCAUCCUCUGCCUCAUUCUCUGCCUCUGCACCAAAUGCGGUGCCCUGCGAUGUGUUUAUUAACCAUCGAGGGCCUGACGUCAAAUAUACACUGGGGAAAGAUAUCUACAACAUCCUUUUUCGCAUGGGAUUGCGAGUUUUUCUUGAUACCGAAAUCCUUCAACUGGGAGAUGUCAUACCCAUAGAAUUAGAAUUUGCAAUGCAGAGUGCCAAACUCCAUGUCGCCAUAUUCUCGGAAAGAUAUGCAGAAUCCCCCUGGUGUCUGAACGAAUUAACAUUUAUGCUCAAAACCGGCGCCCCCAUUAUUCCCGUCUUUUACGGCAUUGAUCCCGGUGAUCUCCGAUGGGUGGACUCAAAGAAAAGCAAAUAUUGCAAGGCAUUCGAUCAUUAUAAGACGAAGGAGAGAUAUAGCCCAGUAAAGCUUACGGAGUGGAAAGCUGCUCUCCACGACAUUUCAUUACAUUCAGGCUGCGUUCUUAAUCUUGGCGAUGGCAAGGAAAGGCUGUUGAAGGGUAUUGUGAAUUCUGUGCUAAAGCUCAUGAAAAAAGUGCCACUGCACAUAGGGAAGCAUCCAGUCGGACUAGAAGCAGCAGUGCAACACCUGGAAAGGACAACACUUGAUUCUCUUGGAAGGCAGCACCAGAAUGUGCAAAUCGUAGGGAUAGUGGGCGUUGGGGGGAGUGGUAAAACCACUCUGGCGAAAGAAUUAUACAACAAGAAAUGCUCCACAAUGGAUAAGUCAAGCUUUCUAUUCGAAGUGAGAGAGUCCAAAAACGUGCUUCAUAGCCUGCAGAAAAAGCUCUUGGCAGAUCUUCGUCUCGGAAACAUACCCUGUGAGCAUACGCUAGAAGGGAAAAAAAUUCUUGCAAGUCGUUUGAGAUCUCUUCGCGUGCUUAUGGUUUUGGAUGAUGUAGAUCAUGUAGAUCAACUCGAAGCUUUAUUGCCAACAAAGGAAAACCUGGGAUCGGGUAGUCUGAUCAUAGUUACUUCACGCCAACAGGCUGUCCUUACCUCCUGGGGCAUCUCUUCAAUUUAUCAAAUGAAAGAGAUGGAUCAACAUAAUGCCAGGCAACUUUUCUGCUGGCAUGCUUUCUUGCAACCAGAACCUUUCAAAGAAUUUGAAGAUCUAGUUGAAAACUUCUUAAAAGUUUGCAAUGGCUUACCCCUUCGUCUCAAAGUGCUUGGAGCACAGCUUUAUGGCAAGGGCACUGGUUACUGGGAAAGUGAGUUAAAGAAGAUCACCAAAUUGCCGGACAAUAUUCUACAUAGGCUAAAUGCAAACUACGACGCGUUGGAGGUAGAUGAGCAAAACAUGUUUUUGGAUAUUGCUUGUUUCUUAGUAGGAGAAAAGAUAAGCUUAGCCACUGCAGUAUGGGAUGGCUGUGGUUGGAAUGGUGAAUACUGUUUCGAGAAUCUUGUGAAUAAAUGUCUUGUGGAGCUCGAUGGGCAGAAUCGGAUCAGAAUGCACGAUCACUUUCGAGAAUUGGGAAGAGAGAUUGCAGUUCAACAUUCGCCCUAUCGUCUUUGGUUACCAGGGCAGAUCACGGACAUUCAAAGACACGCAGAGGAAAGUAUGCUAGUUCGAGGCAUAAUGGCCGCCACAACACAAUUUGCUGCAUGCUCAGCCCAUGAUGAGUUCCCUAAAUGUUCUUCUCAUUUCCAGCCCCCUUUUGAAAAGUGCAUGGAGCUUAUGGAAGGCUCAAGCAGAGGUUUCUCACUUCUUGUCGUCACAGGAAACGAUUUUACCCAGGAAUUCUCGCAACUAGCAAGUGAGCUUUUGUGGUUGCGCUGGUUUGAUUUCAAACAUGCAAAUCUUCCGUCGUGGCUUUCCCUGAAAACUUUAAGAGUUCUGGAGCUAUAUGGAGCUACAAGCCUCAAAGGAUUAUGGGAAGAGGAUGCACAUCCUCCUUUGCAGCUGAGAGAAUUGAUUGUUACUGCUACUCGGGGCAGUAGCGUGGAACGGCUUCCAAGAUCACUAUCACAGCUGAAGCAUUUGACAAAGAUAGCUCUCAUUGGUUAUCUAGAAGACGAAUUCGGCAUUACAACACUACCAGAAGAGUUUUGCGAUCUCCAAUCGCUGGAGCACCUGGAGCUUCGGUAUUGGAAGGCACUGUCAUCAAUACCCACCCGCUUCGGGCAGUUAACAAAUUUGCUGCAUGUAGAUCUGUGUUUUUGCCAGGAGUUGGGAGUGUUGCCGGAUUCUUUUAAACAGCUGAAACGCCUGCUCUACCUGGAUUUAUCGGGUUGUCGGAACCUCUCAGUUAAAUCAGACAUUCUGGAAGACAUGUUAAAGCUACAGAAGUUGUGCUUUUCAAAAUGCCGGAAAUUGUUUGAGCUGCCUCUGCAAAUCACAAAUCAGGUGUCUUUGAGGGAGCUGAAUGUGCAAGAUACCAAUUUAAGAAAUAUACCAAUUACCAUCGGUCACCUCAGCAACUUGGAAACGCUUAGGAUUGGCAGUUCGCAGCUGACAAGUUUGCCAGACUCUCUUGGCUGCCUGUCCUCUUUGACUAGCCUUUACAUCACCGAUUGCUGUAGCUUGGAUUGUUUACCAGACUCUUUAGGGCGCUUAAAUUAUUUACAGAAAUUAACCCUAGAUAAUCUGCCAGAACUAACGUCUUUACCAGAAGGACUUUGGCAAUUGAGUAAUCUUCAGACUUUGGAGAUUUCUGGUUGCCCAAUUAGCCGAUUCGAUUUUUGGUCAGGGUCUUCAUCUAUGAUUAGGCUCAAGCUUAUAAAUUUAAGCGACGCAACCUUGAUCGGGCUAUCGAUUUCUGAAAACUGCUGUCCCAGCCUUGAAAGUCUCGUACUCAGACAAAAUGACCAGUUAAUGGAGAUUGAAUCUCUACCCAAAACAGUCAAAGUGUUGGAGUUGAUAGAAUGUAGAAUGCUGAACAAUAUAAGGGGUAUCCGCGGUCUAUUAGGGCUCCAAAGUUUUGAAAUAAUUGGCUGUCCAGGAUUGGAUGAGCUACUGAACAUUGCAGAUUUAUCUUGUAUUGUUGGCAGGGAGUAG